AGUUCAAAGUUGACACCUCAAUGAACCAAUUUAUGUAUAAAAACCAUCAUUAAUUCUUAAGCUUACUCUUAUAUAAAAUGUUUGUUGAGUUAGCAAUUGCGAUAAUCGUAGCGAUUAUUUCGCUACCAUUAUGGUGGUACUAUACAUAUUACUCAUAUCGAAAUCAUUUAAAAAUAUUCCCUUCCACGCCCCAAUUUCCCAUUUUAGGGAUUACUUACAGAGUGCGAAAUAACGUCGACAUUUACUAUGUGUUUAAAGCUCAAGUUGAAAAGAUGGGGAAAAGCUUUUUUACCAUGGUUGGGCCAAUCCCAGCGCUUUGUACAACGGAUCCAAAAAUAUUUUCUCUUAUUUUGAGCUCUCCAAAACACAUAAAUAAGCCGUUUUUGUUCUCAGCAACGUUAAACAACGUCGUGGGGAAUUCUGUGCUUGUCGUGAAUGGCGACGAAUGGAGGCGACAAAGAAAACUUUUAAAUCCAACCCUCGACUACAAAAACAUCCUCGAUAAUAAUAAACUUUUUAAUAAACACGCCGAUGGACUUAUUGAUAAACUCAAGGAUGAAAUAGAUAACGAAUCAACCGAGGUUGUCCACAUUUUGGAGGAUUUCACCUUUGACCAAACUGUUGAAACGAUUUUGGGUGAAACCGGGCCUGAAAUUGAUAAAAGAAAAACAGCGAGGUGUAUCAAAACGUUGAUGAAGAUAUCCCUCAAAAAAAUGUUUUUGCCGUUAACCUACUUCACCUUAACGGAAAGACUCACAAGAAUUUAUUGGAAAGAACGAGAACAACUCAAAAUCCUUCACGACAGCUUAAGAGGAAGCAUUGAGAGGAAGCGAAAAGAAUACAACAACAAUUUAAACACCGAAAAAAGACCGACUUACAUGGAUAUCUUAUUGGGGGAUAAAAAUAACAAAGAAACAGAUAUUUUAAGACAAUUAACGAUGGUCUUUACAGCUGCUUUUGAUGCUUCGGCGGUUUCAAUGUCUUACAUGAUUUAUUAUUUGGCGAAAUACCCCGAAAUCCAACAAAAAGCGUACGAAGAGGUUCACUCAAUCCUCGGCGAAGAUAUCCACCAAACAAUAACCAACCAACAAAUGUUAGGGAUGAAAUAUUUAGAUUUAGUCAUGAAAGAAUCGAUGAGAUUAGGCCCGGCGAUUCCGUUAUUCACUCGAACUCUCGAAGAAGAUGUAAUACACGAAGACACCACAUUACCUAAAGGAUUAAUGAUUCUUAUGAUCCCGUUUAUGAUGCAUCUCGACCCUGAGUUAUAUCCGGAACCUGAAAAGUUCAUUCCAGAACGGUUUCUUCUGGAAAAUUUGAACUCAAAUAGAUAUAGUUAUACCCCUUUUAACGCUGGGAUUCGAAAUUGCAUGGGACAAUUGUAUGCGAUGACCUCGAUGAAAAUUGCCCUAGCGAAGCUGUUGCUUAAUUAUGAGUUUGUCGACGUCCAACAUAAAAUUUGUUAUACAGUGGAGAUUACUUUGCAAUCAAAAACUGGGGUUAGAGUUGGGAUACGAAAAAGGAAUCACAAAAUAUAAUAAAAAACUAUGACUAAAAAUUUGU